AUGAAGCCUUCUCAAACGGUAUUGCCAAAGCUGACCCGAUGGCCAGUGACAGAACACAAAGACCGACAGGGCUUUGGACCGUCUCCUCUCUUCCCACCCAACCUCCUUCCGCCUAUUGAUAACGAACCGCGACUGGCAAGAUGUAUGAUACCAUACUUCAGCAGGGAAGCCCUCCCGGAACGUGCUAUCAACCAGAUGGGGCCCCUCUAUGAACUCAACAUUCCUCGAUCCGGACUUGGUUGCGGUUUCUCGGCGGCUGCGUUCUCCAUGGAAGAGCUCAACAUUCUACCCUCGUGGCUGGUGACGACAGGUACCAUCGUGCACUUCGACACGGGAUAG